GGUUUCCUGGGCAGGGCGCCCCCCCGGAGGGAGCUGGCGGGGCAGCGGGGGGUGGUGAACAGCCAGAAGUGCGUGCGUGCGGGAGGGAAGCACAACGACUUGGAGGAUGUGGGUCGAGAUACUCACCAUCACACCUUCUUCGAGAUGCUGGGGAACUGGUCCUUUGGGGAUUACUUUAAGGAGGAAGCGUGUAGCAUGGCCUGGGAGCUCUUGACAGAAGUCUACGAGAUCCCCAGAGAUCGUCUCUAUGUCACCUAUUUUGGCGGAGACGCCUCCCUGGGGCUGAGCGCAGAUGAGGAGUGCAGGGACGUAUGGCUCCGGCUGGGGGUGCCUGCCAGUCACGUGCUUCCUUUUCCAUUGAAGGACAACUUCUGGGAGAUGGGGGACACAGGUCCCUGUGGUCCCUGCACAGAGAUCCACUAUGACCACGUGGGCGGUGGCAGAAAUGCUGCGGCACUGGUGAACCAGGGCAGCCCUGAUGUAGUGGAGGUCUGGAACCUGGUCUUCAUGCAGUAUAGCAGAGAGGUGGAGGGGAAUCUGCUUCCCUUGCCACAGCACCACGUGGAUACAGGAAUGGGUCUGGAAAGGCUGGUAACAGUUCUGCAGAAUAAACGCUCCAACUAUGACACAGAUCUCUUCACUCCCAUCUUGGAUGCCAUUCACAAGGGCUGCGGGGGGCCCAGAUACCAAGGUCUGGUCGGGGAUGCUGACAUUGGGCGUGUGAAUAUGGCCUACCGUGUGGUGGCAGAUCAUGUGCGCACCUUGUGCGUGUGCAUCGCUGAUGGCAUCUACCCAGGCUUCUCCGGAGCAGAACUGGUGCUGCGUCGGAUCCUGCGCAGGGCUGUCCGCUUUUGCUCUGAAGUUCUUCAUGCUCCACCUGAGCUCCUGGCCUCCUUGGUACCCACCGUAGUGGAAGUGCUGGGAGAUGCCUAUCCAGAGCUGAAGAAGAAUGCAAACCAGAUCAUGGAUAUUGUCAAUGAGAAUGAGGCCGCUUUUCUGUCCUCCCUCGAGCGUGGGAGGCGCAUCAUUGAGCGGACAGUGCGGCAGAUAGAGCCCUCCACAGACUUCCCGGCUGAAAUAGCCUGGUCUCUCUAUGGGAAUUUGGGCUUCCCUGUGGAUCUGAUUGACUUGAUGCUUGAAGAAAAGGGAAUCCAUUUAGAUUCAGCUGCUUUUAAUGCACUUGUUAUGGAGGAUGCAAAGCGGAAGGCUGGUGGCCCACAGGCAGGACAGCUGGAGGACACAAACGUGCGCCUUGAUGUACACUCGCUGGCUCAGCUGCAGCGCGACAGUGUGCCUGCUACUGAUGACUCCCCAAAGUACGCCUACACGCUUGGGCAGCACGGGCAGUAUGAGUUCAGCCCAUGCCAGGCCACUGUCCUGAUGCUAUACAAAGAUCAGUCUCUCCAGAAGGAGGUUGGGGCAGGGCAAUGCUGUGGUGUCAUCUUGGACAGGACUAACUUCUAUGCGGAGCAGGGCGGGCAAGCCUCUGACCAAGGCUACAUGACACGCUUAGGACAGCAGGAUGUGCUCUUCCCUGUAAAGUCAGUUCAUCUCUCUGGUGGUUACGUGAUCCAUGAGGUCACUGCUGUGGAAACUCUGAGUGCUGGGGACCAAGUGCAGCUGUUUGUGGAUGAGGCCCAGCUGCUGGGCUGCAUGACGGAGCAGCGAGGGUCCCAUGUGACCGCAGAGCGGCUGCGCUUCGACUUUGAUGCCCAGGGCCCUGUGACUGUGGAGCAGCUGCAGCAAGUGGAGCAAGUGGUCCAGGAUGUGAUCAAACGAAAUGAGGUUGUGCAUAUGGCUGAGGUCCCCCUCACACUGGCAAGAAGAGUUCAGGGACUUCGUGCAGUUGAUGAGGGGUAUCCAGAUCCAGUGAGGAUAGUGUCCCUGGGGGUCCCUGUGGAGAGUGUGCUGACCUGCGACUCUGAGGCUGCAAUGCAGACCUCUGUGGAGCUCUGCUGUGGGACGCACCUUCUACAAACAGGAGCUGUGGAAGACCUGGCCAUCAUCAGUGAGCGUCAGCUUGUUAAAGGGAUUAGCCGUGUCAUCGCAGUGACAGGGGGACAAGCCAAACAGGCCCGGGAAGUAGGCCAGUGCUUGGCUAUGGAAGUGGACUCUCUCUCCCUACGAGUGAAGCAGAGGAGCACUUCCAUUCCUGAGAUGCAGAACCUCUCCAAAGAAGUGGGACAGAUGACCAAAGUGGUGGCUAGCAUUGCAAUGCCCCAGUGGCAAAGAAAACAACUACAAACCAUCCUCAAAGCACUACAGCGAACAGCCAACACGGCCAUCAAGAAGCUGGAGGUGCAGCAGGCUGAAGAGAAGGCACGAAACCUGCUAGCAAAACAUUGCAACCAACCUGUCAUCAUUGAUACCGUCCCAGCUGACUCCCUCUCUAUCCUGAUGAAGGUAGUGAACCAGCUGUGUGACAAGUCUCCUGGCACAUCAGCCCUGCUGCUCAGCCCUCAGGCUUCUGGUGAGGUGCUCUGUGCCUGUCAGGUGUCCAAGAGUUGCCUCCCGGUGUUCUCCGCUGCUGACUGGGCCAUGGCUGUCUGUACGCAGAUGGAAGGGAAGGCAGGAGGCUCUCCUGUCGUCGCUAAGGGCAGUGGAAAUGCCAAGGGCAUGCAGGGAGCCCUGACUACUGCACUGGAGUUCGCUCAGAGUAAACUCUGAAGUAACUGUGAUGCCUUGGUGGCAGGACAGCUGUGUGCAGCCCAGCUGCAAGCUGUGUGGGCACUUGAUGCAGAGCACGUGUUAUACUCUGCUGAUCUGAAGGUUUAGCCGCUCCCACACUGAAC